GUUUCUUUGUUCUUCGCAGAGCAUAUAAUGGACGCCAUACACUUAUGUUGUCUUUUGCUAACUUUCCCCAAUGUUCCCCCGCAACUUCUUCAGUUUCCUCAGCUCACCCUUUCAGGACGAGACGCCUGAGACGACCCCGGUUCCAUCUCGGGAGUCCAUAGACGAUGAAUUGGCUCGACUGUUUGAUGCCGUGUCUCUAGACUCCGAGUCGAAGGGAUCCCCAGAUCAACAGCGAUCCAAUGCUUGUCCUCCUUCCGGAGGUUUAGAUGCUGAUAUUCAGCCAAAGCGUACUCGGCUUCCGCGAAGUCGCCCAUUGAAACAAGAAACACGCGGUCACAAUGUCAUCGCAGUCACGGUUGCUGACCUCUCGAGACCAGGGACUCCGGGGUCGGAUCUGAAACCAUCAGAGCGCGAGCAAGAUGUACCAUCCACUCCGAAACGACCUGCUAUUCGACUCCAUGUGCCAGGAUCUGCCCCACCGAAGCUUUACAGUGCCUCAACUGCAGGACCGAAUUUGCCUCCUCCAAUCCACCCAUGUAGGCGCAAGUCAUCUGGCUCGUUACCUCAACGUUCUGUGCAAUGUAGCUCAGAGGCCCCUUCAACGAAAGAGCGAUGCAAGAAUAUGGUAUCAAUCAGGUUGCUUGAUUCAACACAAGAUAGUGACGACCCGAACGUACUCGCACAAAUCAUAUUUUGUCACUUACACAACGAUCCGGCGAAACGCAUUCCAGAUUAUCUCUCCAACGGCAAGCCCGUACCCCUACAAUUUAUUACUCCGCAGCUAUCAGAACCUACUAAAACCAAGCUCCAACUCAAGAUGGCACAGCAGCCUUCCAUUUCCGAUAGCGCAGGAAAAAUUUACGUAUUUCCAUAUUAUGUUAAAGGGCAACACGGAGAUAUCUUACAUUACAAGUUAGGGAAAGCGAAGGACGUCGAAUUACGACAGAAACAGUGGCGCAAUCAGUGUGGAACUGACGCAGUGCAACCGCUAGUUUACAUAUAUCCUCGGGAUGAUACGAACAUCAAGUAUUACGACAAACUGGAACGACUUAUUCACAUUGAGCUUGCGGACUGGUGUCAGAAUGGUUGGUACCUCGAAGACUCAGACAAGGACUCUGUUUUCGAGGAGGCAAGGAAAGAGAAGGAGCCAUGUACUUGCAAAACGGUACACAAGGAGAUAUUCUCGUUCAGGCGUCCCAGAAGCGGGCAAUAUGUUGAUAUGGUUCUGGCGCUCAUCAUAGAAAUAGUGAUGAGGUGGGGGGACUUCAUAGAGGCGUACUGCUGAAUGCGCCAUAGCUCUUCCUCCGGUUCCAUUCCUUAACGUGUAUUUAUCUUGCAUAGGGAUUUAAUCUUCGCCCUCUCCGCUUUCUUGUUUAAUCAGCGUUAUCGAAUAUAUCUGGUCGAGUUAC